CACUACUCAGGCUACUCAAUUUUCAGCUGUAGUUGGUGUCUCUAUAUGUUUGAGGUUAAGGCCAAUGAUGAAUUUAUCAUUUGGCGGGAAGAACUAGUGGAGUUGCGUGUGUGGAAUGAUAAAGUUUGUGAUUAAAUUUUGGAUUAAUUCAUAAAUUAUUGGGUCAUUUCGAUUCAUUACAGAGACAGAAUUUAACAAAUAAGCUAUGGGUAUUCUAGGACUAUCUAAGAUAAUUGCUGAUUUGGCUCCCAGUGCCAUCAAAGAACGUGAAUUAAAGCAUUACUUUGGUCGAAAAAUUGCAAUUGAUGCUUCCAUGUGUCUCUACCAAUUUCUGAUCGCUGUAAGAAAUGAAGGAGCCCAAUUAACAUCAGCAGACGGAGAAACAACAAGUCACCUGAUGGGCAUAUUCUAUAGAACAAUACGCCUAGUUGAUAAUGGAGUGAAACCCGUUUACGUAUUCGAUGGAAAACCACCCAAUUUGAAGGGUGGAGAACUAGCAAAACGUGCAGAGAAGCGAGAUGAAGCCCAAAAGGCAUUGGCAGCUGCUGAAGAGGCAGGAAAUGUUGAGGACAUUGAUAAAUUUAAUCGCAGAUUGGUCAAAGUAACAUCAACCCACGUGGAGGAAGCUAAACAGUUACUUAAACUCAUGGGUAUUCCUUACGUGGAGGCACCGUGUGAAGCUGAGGCUCAAUGUGCUGCUCUUGUAAAAAGUGGAAAAAUUUUUGCUGCUGCCACUGAGGAUAUGGAUGCACUCACUUUUGGGAGCGAUAUCUUGUUGAGACGUUUAACAUUCAGUGAAGCUAGAAAAAUGCCUGUGCAGGAGAUUCAUCUUGAUAAGGUUUUAGAAGGCAUGGAACUUACCAGAGAAGAAUUCAUAGACUUUUGUAUAAUGCUUGGGUGUGAUUACACCGGUACAAUCAAGGGCAUUGGCCCUAAGAGAGCCAUCGAACUUAUUAAAACCCAUAAGUCAAUUGAUAAAAUUAUUGAGAAUAUCGACAGCCAUAAAUAUCCAAUUCCUGAUGAGUGGAAUUAUCGGCAGGCAAGGCAAUUGUUUUUAGAGCCGGAAGUUACUAAUACUGAUGAAAUCGAGCUAAAAUGGAAUGAACCUGAUGAAGAGGCUCUAGUUAAAUUUCUUUGUGGUGACAAACAAUUUGAUGAGACUAGAAUUCGUAAUGGCGCUAAGAAAUUAGCAAAGGCAAGAAACACAUCUACGCAAGGUAGACUUGACUCAUUCUUCAAAGUUUUAUCAACCACACCAUCAGCAAAACGUAAAGCUGAAGAGAAAAAAAAACCCGCUAAAAAAGCUAAAACUGUUGGUGGUGGUAGUAAAUUCCGCGGAAAGGGAAAAUAAGUAUGUGUCUCAAUUAUUUUUCAAAACUUGAAGAAUUCUAUGGAAUAGAGAUUUUCAACAUGAUAUUUAUCAUUUAUAUAUAUUUUUUCUAUUUCCAAAUAUAUACUUUUUCCAUAUAA